AUGACCGCAGCCGUUGGCGUAAAGAGCAAGAAGAAGAAGAACAAGAAGAAGAAGAACAAGAAGAAGAAGAACAAGAAGAGCACCACGACCACCAUUGUCACCGGCCAUCGGCGGAGACUGCUCAAGAACGUCACCCUCAAUAUCAUGCUCGGUAAAUACAGUUGUUUGAGGCUCAGCCUGGAAAUACGAGCUGGCUCCCAAAGCGACUUUUAUCACUCCUUUCCGGACGUCGAACACGACGCUCACUACUUGCGCAACGACCACAUCCAACAAGCUGCAGGGAUGAUGACAACUGUGAUGACGAACCCGGCCGCAGCUAUGUACCUGUUCGAAAAUCCGAAUGGCGAGAAAAAACGCGUCGUCGGCAAUCUCCUGCAUUUCAAGAACAUCGACUUGAAACUGCCCACGCUCCCAUUCAUUCAUCAGCUUGUGGUGAAUCGAAGCACAACGCGAAGCUUCACAGCAAAGACCAUCAAGAAGCUCCUGAAGCACUUGACAGGUCUCAAACGCGUCGUCUACGAGCCCAUGCAAGCUGUCGGCAAAGACGUCAAGCAGCGCCAAAAGGCCAACAUAGCUCUACUCCGGAAACUGCCAUCCUCUAUAGAGUCGUUCUCUCUGUACGAAGCACGCUCAGAUUACCUCCAGAUGCAACAAAUGGGCGUAUCAACUCCCCCAGAGGUGCGGACUGGCAAAAAGGUCGUGGCAGCCGCUAUGGCAGCCAGCUUGCGUUGCCGCAACCUCCAAGAACUUUCCCUGUCUAACGCAGUUGAUGCCGAAGACUUCUUUACGCGGGCUUUGGAAGAUCCGGCAGUGAAAGACACUUCGGGGGAUGCGCCUUGGCCGAAUCUGAGACGCGUGGCUCUGUCAACCCGAUAUGAGAGACGGGGGGAUUCCAAAGUGUCACCCUAUCAGCUGCUCCGCGACGCUGCAAGCGUAGCCCUACGCAUGCCAAAGCUAGAGACUAUGGAAAUCUGGGCUGAAUCUGAGUUGAGAAGAUUCUUGUUCCGGUAUCAUGUCGAGGGCGACCAGGCGGUCAUCAGGGUAGAGAUUGACUCGGAAUAUUGUGAAGAGGGAGUCUCCCUCCCACAUCUCCCAUGCGCCAAGCUUGUAAAGGCAGUCGAAAAGACUCUGAAGAUGUGGCGAAAGGUUGCAGGCCCGCGUCGUCAGCUUUCGCAUAUAGUGGAAAGGGUUGACGGCCAGGCCGCGUAUUGGGACGACAGCGAUGAUGAAGACGCGAUUUAUGACGAUGAAGACCAGAAGACGUGGCCGCCAGCACCGUCUGUCUGCGAAAGCCUUCAGCUGAAUGGCUUGUGA